UCGUGAUAGAAGUAUCGUGAUUGUAGAACCAUACUAAGAAGAGCCUUUAGACAAUAUGGACUUAUCUUCUGUCACUUCGAAAGCGGCUCAUGACCACAAUAAGCACAUUGUUGGCAAGCCCAACUUAUCCUCUUGGGCCAUUAAAAACUAUUGUGCCACCAGAUUUUCCUCUCUUUUCGUCCCCAAGGAGGAACUUGCGGACACCACCUGGAGUGAAAUCUUGAACCCAUUCCAAAACCUUGGCCAACUCACGGCAAGACAAUGGAACUUUUUCUUUGUUGGAUUCUGUGGCUGGACUUGGGAUGCCUUUGAUUAUUUUUCCGUCUCGCUCAAUGUCAGCAAUCUUGCAAAAGCCUUUGAUGUCACUGUCAAGGAAGUAACCUGGGGGAUCACUUUGGUCCUCAUGCUUCGUUCUAUUGGGGCUGUUAUUUUCGGGUUAUGGGGGGAUCGUUAUGGCCGUAAAUGGCCGUACAUCUUCAAUAUGGGUCUUUUGUUGGUCUUGCAAGUUGGCCUUGGGUUUGUGCAAACUUAUAAACAGUUUUUGGCCGUACGUGCAUUGUUUGGUAUUGCCAUGGGUGGUAUGUUCGGUAAUUGUGCAGCCAUUGCCUUGGAUGAUUGUCCAAAGGCAGCCAGAGGGGUCGUCUCGGGUAUGUUCCAAGAAGGGUACGCCUUGGGUUACUUGCUUGUGGUUGUGUUCCAAAGAGCCAUUACCGAUAACAGUAGUCACAGCUGGAGAGCUCUCUUUUGGUUUUCUGCUGGUCCUCCAGUCAUUUUCAUGGUUUGGAGAUACAUGUUACCGGAAACGAACAACUACAUCGAACUUCAACAAAGACGUCUUUUGAACAAAAGAACUGAUGGGGUUGAAAAGCUGAAGGUUGUGUCCUUCGCUCAUAAUGGUGCUGAGGCAUUGAAACAAUACUGGUUGAUCAUUAUCUACGCUAUCUUGCUCAUGUCUGGAUUUAACUUCAUGUCGCAUGGAUCGCAAGAUUUGUAUCCUACCAUGUUGACUAAACAAUUGCAAUACGGUGCCGAUAGAUCCACUGUGACCAACUCCGUUGCCAACUUGGGUGCAAUUUUCGGUGGGAUUGUGUUUGGUCAUUUGUCCACCUACAUUGGUCGUCGUCUCGCCAUCAUUGUGGCUGCCGUUAUUGGUGGUGCCAUGAUCUACCCUUGGGCUUUUGUCAGAAAUUCAGGAAUCAACGCAGGCGUCUUUUUCUUGCAAGCUGGUGUUCAGGGUGCUUGGGGGGUUAUUCCAAUUCAUUUGUCUGAAUUGUCUCCCCCACAAUACAGAUCGUUCUUCACUGGUGUUUCGUAUCAAUUGGGUAACUUGUGUUCGUCGGCAAGUUCGACCAUUGAAUCGACCAUUGGAGAAAGAUUCCCGCUUCCCGAACUAGGCCAUGAUGUUUAUGAUUACGGGAAAGUGAUGGCCAUUUUCAUGGGAUGUGUUUUCGGGUUUGUAAUCAUCAUUACGUUUGUUGGGCCUGAGUACAGAGGUGCCAACUUGGACAUUACCAGAAAUGACCAGCUUGAAAUUGAUGAUGAUAAGGCUGAGUCUAUUGAGACGGACGAGUUCAAACCUGAGGUUCGUCACACUGAAACUGUUUAGCUAUCUUUUUGUAUGUAUGACUAGGCUUAGUAAUAUAUUUUAGGUUUCCAUAUCCAA